UUGUACAGCUGUCAAGUGUAUAACAGUUACAGCUGUCAGUGUAUAACAGCUGACAUGUAUAAAUAAAUCAGUGAACAUAUGUUUCAGUGUGUGAUGUCUUAACUAAGGCUCUCCCUUCAACACGUUUUGCACUUCUUCGUGCCAAACUCAAUAUAAAGAAUUUUUCUUUUGAAAAAUCUUUUCCUUGAGAUUGAGGGGAGUGGUUAGUAUACUGUAGUUACCUAUAGUUGGCUGGUAUGCGAUAUUUUGUAUUGUACAUUUUAGCGCAUCUAUUUUAUUUUCUUGUACUGUUGUCAAGUGUAUAACAGUUACAGAUGUCAGUGUAUAACAGCUGACAUGUAUAAAUAAGUCAGUGAACAUAUGUUUCAGUGUGUGAUGUUAAUAAAAUACGUUCAGUUCAUUCUCUCUAUUUUCUCUGUUCACUUUAUUCAAGAUUGCAUUAAAUAAGGGAUAUGCUAGGGAAAUUUCUUACCCAAUUUGAAAGAUACAAAUAUGCAAACAGCACAACGCAAUAAUUGGCUGGUGGGUUGGGAAGUUGAAAAUGCCAACACACUCUGUCAAAUUGGUGAUGGGCUAACUGAUUAGCUCUCAUUCCAAUCCUUACUCAGCAUGGCGUUAGAGUGGACAAAUUCUGUGGUUACCAAGUCCCACAAAAUCUGACGGCUAUAGAACACAUUCAGUUAACCCUAGAAAACUUGGUCCUUGAAACAUGUUGUCAAAUUUAGUUCAUUGCAUAUAGUUGACAGCAUAUAAUCUAGUCAUAAAGCUUCUGAUGUCAUGCUGAGUAUCAAGAGUUCUCAGUCGUUUAGUCCAUAAAAAUCUCAGCUGGUUCGAUGCUCACGUAUGAAUUUUAUAAUCAACAGUACUGGAAACUAGUUUAUAAUUUGAUUUCAUUUGCUCUGUUUCUGGUCAGUAAAUCUUGUAGAAAGGUCUUUGGUUGAGGUAUAAUUGGAAAAUAAUUUGAAAGAUCUUUGUGUAUUUGCAUAUAUGUUGUUUUCUGUUGUCUGUAUUCAGUCAUUUCCAUUAGUAUUCAUAUUGAUGAUUCCUUAGGAUCUGAUGGAUUGGGAAACCUAAUUCUUAGAUCAGAUAUACCUGUGAUGUUGCUUAUCUCGUAAUUCAUAUUCGUCUAUGAUUAUCUUUCCUUGAUCUCUAUUUUGUUGUGGGCUAGUGGCUUGUCUUUGGAGAAAUUUUGGUUGCCAUAUAACAUAGCUAGAGCUCUUGUGUUUUCCAAUAUGGAAUUUGUAGAACGCCUGCUUCAUUUAGUUUUGUAUUUGUAACAAGUUUAUAGUUCUCUAUGCCUUUUAAUAUGGAAAUAGUUGUGCUUUNGUUUUUUUUUUUGGAAAUAGUGUUACUUGGUUUAGAUGUUNGGCCUUGUAGCAACAAUACAUAACCUAGGGUUUAGAGAAGCCACAAUAUUAAAUUGUGAGAAAAGCCUCUCUACUCCAGGGGCGUUGUUCAAGGCUAUUUAUACCCUCCUAGAUUCCACAUGAUGGGAGCCAGCCAUGUGUUGGUUUGCCUUUUCUUCCUCCUUUUUCUCUAAUGUUGCUUGAUUUAUAAAAUGUAAUACAUUGCCAUCAAACUCUUAAUUAUUCUAAUAUAUGAAGGCAGCAUAGCCUUCUCUGUUCUGUAUGUAUUAAGACUUUUAAAUAUUUUUUAUCAUAUGGUGCAGUGUUUGUUAGAGUAUUAUUAUGUUACUCAUUCGUUAAUUAAAACUAGGGUAAUUUUAUAGUUUCAUUGUUCAAAAGAAAUUUGAUCAUAUGGGCAUUUUCUGGGGGUGAUAGAGAUGAUGUUGACGUAGGUUGAUCUUAUUAUCUUAAUACACAGGCGGGCUUCUUCCAUCUCUUUUCUUUCGUGGAACCUUAGAACCAAGCACACAUUCUAUAUACAAUUAUCUCCUGCUUCCUUUAGUUGAUAAUAUACAUUUUCUUCCGAGUUUUCUCGCUUACCUGUUCCUUUUCUACUGGAAUUUAGCCUUACAAGUCCCAGUUUAUGUCUAGUCAGUUUCCUUUAGUUCAUUGCUUCUGAAGUUGACUCUUGGCAUCGUUGGUGAUAAUUUUUUGUACCAAAUAGAGUUAUCCUUCUGUAUCUCUUUAGAAUAGCAAUGUACCUUUAUUUUCACGAAAUGGAAUAAUUUCUCUAUGUUGUUAAUUUGUCUUUGGAUAUCUUGGAAUCUGCAACUCUUUGGUACCGAGCUUAAUUUGUAGUGCUGACGGGGGUUGUGCUUCUCCACGCUCAGGUUUUCUUAAGUAGUACGUUGGUGCUUUGAUGUACUUUAGGAUGUUGGUUCACUGUGUGAUUUCAGAAAGAACAUCUUAGGUUUUAAAUCUAAAUGAAAGGAAGUGAACAUGUACUUUUACUUUGCCUUUUCUGUGUAUUUACAGGAUGGAAGCCUAAAGUAUAUUCUUCAAUGCCCUUGAUAUUCCAACUUUCAGGUCUGCUAAAGAUUUUCCAGAUAUGCAUGCUCUCAUUAUGCACACUUACAACUCAGAUAACGCUGAUUCACAUGUUGAACAUUUGGGAUUGCACAAAGCUCUGUGUGUCUUAAUGGGUUGGAACUACUCAAAGCCUCCUGAUAACUCGAAGGCCUAUCAGUUUUUAUCUGUGGAUGAAGUAGCUGCAAAUCAGAAUGAUUUGAUCAUGUGGCCACCUUUGGUGAUCAUUCAUAACACAAAUACAGGAAAAAAUAGAGAUGGCCGUAUGGAGGGUUUGGGAAACAAAACUAUGGAUAAUAAAAUUAGAGAGCUUGGAUUUAUGGGUGGCAAAUCAAAGUCAUUAUAUGGAAGAGAGGGUCAUUUGGGCAUAACACUGGUUAAAUUUGCUGGGGACCAAUCAGGCUUUAAGGAGGCCAUUCGACUUGCUGAACACUUUGAGAAGGAAAACCAUGGACGCAAUGAUUGGGCCCGUGUGCAGUCACAAACAUUAGGAAAGGAUGAUGAAAAUAAUCCAAACCUUGUUAAGGUGGAUGAGAAAAAAGGAGAGAAACGGAGGGUCUUGUAUGGCUAAUUAUCUAACUUCAACCCG